UUGGUAGCGGUGUGUGGUUAUUGGUGGCAUUGUUGUUGGUGGUGUUGGUGUGUGGUUAUUGGUGUUGGUGUGUGGUUAUUGGUGUUGGUGUGUGGUUAUUGGUGGCAUUGUUGUUGGUGGUGAUGUGUGGUUAUUGGUGGCAUUGUUGUUGGUGUUGGUGUGUGGUUAUUGGUGGCAUUGUUGUUGGUGGUGGUGUGUGGUUAUUGGUGUUGGUGUGUGGUUAUUGGUGGCAUUGUUGUUGGUGGUGUUGGUGUGUGGUUAUUGGUGACAGUGUGUGGUUAUUGGUGUUGGUGUGUGGUUAUUGGUGGCAUUGUUGUUGGUGGUGUUGGUGUGUGGUUAUUGGUGACAGUGUGUGGUUAUUGGUGUUGGUGUGUGGUUAUUGGUGGCAUUGUUGUUGGUGGUGUUGGUGGUGUUGGUGUGUGGUUAUUGGUGGCAUUGUUGUUGGUGGUGUUGGUGUGUGGUUAUUGGUAGCGGUGUGUGGUUAUUGGUAGCAUUGUUGUUGGUAGCGGUGUGUGGUUAUUGGUGGCAGUGUGUGGUUAUUGGUGGCAGUGUGUGGUUAUUGGUAGCAUUGUUGUUGGUGGCAGUGUGUGGUUAUUGGUGGCAGUGUGUGGUUAUUGGUGGCAGUGUGUGGUUAUUGGUAGCAUUGUUGUUGGUGGUGGUGGUGGCGGCAGGAGGGGGGGGGCCGCUCUCGCCACCGCGCCGGGCGAGGCGCUCACUUCCUGCCGCCGCUCGCCUAAUGCGCGAAAGCCUCGGCCUAGAGGGCCGCGUCUCUUUUUAUUUUUUUCCCCUCUUCUCUUACAACACCCCCCCAUCAUCAUCUCAUCUUCCUACUCUAUCUCUCUCUCUUUCCCUCUCUCUCUACCCUCUUUUGUUAACGCCGACUCGGAUUCUUCUCCGGACACUCGCUCUCCGCGUCUCCUCGAGUAAUUAAGCGUCGGCGUUUCUCGCCGCGAACGCCUUCGGGGGUGGUGUUUGUGUGGUGUUGGUGUGGUGUUUGUGGUGGUGGUGUGUGGUGGUGGUGUGUGGGGUUUGUGUCCGCUACAGUUUAAUUCGACGACGGUCCGCGAAACCAGCGGUCCCCGUGUCCCACCAACCCCACCGCCGCCACCCACACGACCAUCCCCGGACGAUUCUCUUCACCCACCGCCCCCCUCACGACACCGGAGUGUCAUUUUCCUUGUCCACCCUCUUCACAUUUAAUCGGUGGACGUGUCUACACUCAUCUCCCCUCUCCUCCUUCUCCUCCAGCUGCAUCAACUAUAUCACCGACUUUGUGUGUGUGUGUGAGAGAGAACAAAAACAUUCAAGCUCUUAUUUUUUGGGGGGGGGCACCGUGCCCCCGGCCCCCCUAAAAAAACUGCAAACGGUGGAGCUCGGCGGCCCCCCCCCCCCCCCCCACUGGGCCCCCCACGGCCACCCUCAGCUCAACAAAACAACAAAAAGCCCCCCACGCACGAGGCGCGGACACGGGGCCGAAGACACAAGACUCAUGGACACGGGGAGGUCUGGCAUUUGACAGCGAUAUGGCGGUGGAAGUAGGACACGGAGACUAACGUCUCCAUAUGACAACCCCAGCACACAUUUCGCACAGUGUUCUCAGCACGGACAUUCGACGUUGCAAAGCCAUGGUGUUUGAGAACCGCAGCUCACGCUACGCACCCAGCACAGGCAUGACACCCAAGGAGCUUUGCGACAAUGAUGACCUUGCUACCAGCCUGGUUCUUGACCCCUACCUGGCCUUCCAGACUCAUAAGAUGAACAUCAGUGCUCUGUAUUGUAGAUUUCGUCCUGUGAAGGGGCGGCAAGAGGAGUUGAAGGAAGUGAUGGAGCAAUUAAAGAAGGAUGGUGAUAUAGAAAAGGCCUAUCUGGGGCUGACAUCUGGUGAUUGGGCCCGCCACUACUUCCUUACCAAGAACAAAGUCCAGGAGCAGACCCUGAAAGAACAUGUGUUCCGGUAUCUUCGUCCAUUUUUGACUGAGAGUGGCUUUGAAAUCCUGCCGUGUAAUCGCUACUCUUCGGAAACAAACGGGGCUAAAGUGGUUGCAACAAGAGCGUGGAAGAAGAAUGACAAGAUUGAGCUGCUUGUGGGUUGCAUCGCAGAGCUGAGUGAGAUUGAAGAGAACAUGCUUUUACGUCAUGGCGUGAAUGACUUCAGUGUUAUGUACUCCACACGGAAGAACUGUGCACAACUUUGGCUCGGUCCUGCAGCCUUCAUCAAUCACGACUGCAGGCCGAAUUGCAAGUUCGUGUCAACAGGGCGAGACACGGCCUGCGUGAAGGUGCUUAGAGACAUUGAGCCUGGUGAGGAGAUUUCCUGCCACUACGGUGAUGGUUUCUUUGGGGAAAACAAUGAUUUCUGCGAAUGUUACACUUGUGAGAGGAGAGGAGAAGGUGCCUUCAAAUCAAAAGCGAAAGCCAACGUCGAAGGCACAAUAACUAACAGCAAAUACGGUUUCCGGGAGACUGACAAGCGGAUGAACAGGUUAAAAAAGCUGAGCUCGACAGGCCAGGAUGGAUGUCGGGAUAAAACUGCCAAUCCUGCUCUACUUCAGAAACAACAGCACUUGAUACAAGAAGGACCAACGGGUCGGCUCAGGAGGAGCCGAGGGAAAGACAAAAACGCAUGGAGCCUGCCAAGCUCCACCCUCACCACGCCCAACAGCUGUGGCUGUGACACAAAAAAAUCGAGAAAGCUGAACAGGACCAAGCCAGCCAAAUCCACCAGACAGACAGCAACUAAACACAACUCUUGGGCUGAGUAUUGCAAUGGUGUUGGCCCCAAUGGAAAAGCUGUCUGGAAAGGCCGGGGCUCAGACAGUGGUGGGCUUAACAGCAAGGCUGUGUAUAAAGGAAGGAUGUCGGAUAGCGUGGCAAAUGGCAAAUUAGUGUGGAAGAACCACGCUGCAGAUGGUGUCAAUGGAAAAGCUGUUUGGAAGGGUAGGAUGUCAGGCAGGAGGGCUGUAUUGGUUAAUGCACCCCUAGCCCAAAGAAGAUGUGAGAGAAGGACCAGAUCGUCUACCGCUUUUGACGAGAUGCUUGCAGAGUGCCAGCACGCAAAUGAUGAGGACGAUGCGGAGGUGGUGGAAGUUGAUGGAGAUGUUGAGGAAGCACAAACUGAACGGGCUCGAGUUUCGCAGUCAGAAGCGAGCGACAAUCAUACAGACAGUGUGAAGCUUGCACCUUACCAGAGGAAAGCUUCACAAGGUUGCCGCCGCAAGAAGAAAAGGCAAACGAGACGGCGCUUAAUUUUGGAUAAAUCUGGUAAGGCGUGUGAUACCACAGAACUCACUCCAAGUCUCAUCAGCCCUUUGUCAGACUCUGUGUGGGACUGUAAUCGAGAAGCAUCUGAGGCAGACCCAAGUACACCCACAGCGUGGUCACCGAAUGGUUUCCUCACUGCCACCUCUACAAAUGAAAGGCACGAUGGCGCAGUGGAUGGUCACGUGCUGGAGAGGGUCAAAAGUGGCUCACCGAGCAAACGAAAAAAGAAGCAUCCUAUCACCCGCUACGAUGCACAGCUGAUUCUGGAGAACAACACGGGCAUUCCCAAGCUGACUCUGCGACGGCGACGCAACUCUGGUCACGACAACGGCGAAGGCUCGGAGUCAAGUCCGCACGAGUGGAUGCAGCACAAGAUGUCCCGCGAACGGCUGCAAGAGCGUGUAGCUGCAACGGACGCUACGUUUUCUCACGGCAGUGGUGGCAGUAGUGGCAGUAGUGGAUCCAGCGAGGGUAGCUCGUGUAGGGAGGACAGCCAUAAUGACGAACCUGACGAAGGCGUACUUUACUUUCCACAGGUUAAAAGGUUGCGCCUGAUUGUUGGAAACGAUUCCAUAGACAUUGACAUUUCCUCUCGGCAGAAGGAGCUGGCACUACGGAGACAAAACAUUAACAGCCAUGGUGAAACUUGAUAAACGUUGCACAUAAAUUGUCACUGUCCCGAGUUUAUCUGCAUUUUAUCUUGAGGCAGCUUAUCUGUUCCUGUAAGUUUCUUGAAAUAACAUUACCAGAUGUUCAAUUCUCAUCACACUUCAUGUUUCAUUUGUUCACAUGUAUAGUGCUGGGCCAUAGUAAACUUGAAAGCAUUAUCAAAUGAAAUCAGAUUUUGCAACUGUGCUUUCAAAUUUCUUAACUCUCAGCUGGUUAGUCUCUAUAUACAACUCUACACUGUACAGUACUGUAGUUCAGUCUUAUUUAUGUUUUUUUUCCAGCAAAUUUUACAAGUGACAACAAAAGUAAGUGUAAGAACAUGGGUGAUACAAAAGCUGUGGUCACGAUAGUGAGUUUAAUCUGGAGCUUAAAGUUCCUUUACAAAACUUGAAUUAAGUUGAAUAUACAGGAUCUCCAUAAAUGGUGUGCAUUCUAAUGCAGCGCUUGUGGUGCAUUUUAUAUCCUACCUCUGUAAUUGCUGUAAACAUAGUACACUGACUUUAAAGUACUAGUGAGAUGGAUGUCUUAAAUAGGGUGUUUACACUUGCCUGUCUGUCCCAUCUGAUCCCAGUUUUGCUCUGACCCAUAUUACAUGCAAAGCACUAAUAUUAUCACACUUGUGCAGACUACUACAUUGGCAGUUUUUUGAAGCUGAAGUUUCACAAUGUAUCUGAAAAGUCACUUAACACAAAUAGCAUUUAACGUGUAAAAUUCAUGGCAUCCAAAUAAGUAUAAGCAAAUAGCGCAAGGGUGGACUGGGAGGCAAGGAGGGUAGUGUGGCAAGUAUAACACUCCCUGUUAAAGGCUCUUUGCAGUUAGAUCUGCAUAUAUGUUGUGGCUGAACGUGUGAAGGUAUUUUUAAAACCGUGAUAAAAAAAACCGCACUGUGACUGUUUUAAAUCCUUUAAUCGUUGAUUGAAUGCAGCCACACUGGCCUUGCAAAUUUUGCUGCACAGUUGUCUGAGGUUUUCUAAACAUUGCAUUUUACAGCAAACUUUGAAACUCUAUGGGUGUAGAUUUUCUUCACUGGUUUUGGUGUUUCCAAAAGCCUUCAUGAAAAGUUUUUAUUGCAAAAAUAAAACAAAGAAGAUUGUAAGAAUAAAAUGCAAAGCAGCGGAUCAUCAAUUUUGGUCUUUGUUACA